AUGGAUAGUGUUACUGAAGAAGAGAACAGGGGGGCUAAAAUAAUACCAUCAGCGAGAAAAAGUAUUCAUAGCUAUAACAAUACAUAUAAUAGUACUUAUCUUAAAACAAUGGGGAAAUAUGGUGUUAAUGCUCAUAGAAGAAAACAACAGAACACAAUCUCUACCCCAGAUCAUGGCGUUGAUGAGAUUGAUAAUGUUAUGAGUAAAAUAGCUCGUCCUUCCAGUCCUUUAACAUUAAGAAAAAAUAGCCCAAAAUGCAGGAGAAAUUCAGUUGAUAUAAUAAACAAUGAAUACAGUAAUGAUGAAUCAGAUGAUGAAGAUAUUCUAUCCAAAUCUUCCCCCGCAACAUUUUCAAUUUUCAGUGAGGAACUAUACACUAGUGCUUUGCAAAGUGAACAAGAAAAUCGGAAUGCAUCAAAGUAUUCUCUUAAUGUAUCAGCGCAAAGGAGUAGAUGUAAUGAGAGUGUGGGUUUGCAUAAUAAUCUAUUUCCGGAAUCUUCCAUAAGAAAUGAAACAAAGAAAUCAUAUAAUUUCUUAAUGGCCAUUUUGGUACUCUUUCUUGCUACUGUGACUUAUAGUCAAUACAGUAUAUUAAAUACUUCACCGGCUGAUGUCAAUGUAGUGUAUGAUAAGUUAAAAUUUUAUAAUGAUGUGAAAGAUUUAGAAGAAAAAUAUAAAGUUAAAUACACAUCAAUACUGCAAGUGAGAACUGGUGUCUCCACUAUCUUUGAGAACCAAGAUGCUGGAUCAUUUAUAUUUACUUAUAAUAGUCAAAAAACAAACUUCAACUCUGCCAAAUUCAAUAACUUUAUUGAAGAUUUAGCAGCAACUGCGUCUAGAUAUUUAAGAAAUGAAAGUAAAGAAGUACAUGUGGUUGUGGACACUUCAAAUAUCACAGUGCAUUCUGUCUAUGAUUUUAUGAAUGAGUACAGAGAAGGGCUGGACAAAACCGGGGUGAUGCUUGUAAAAGAUAUAUACAAUAUUCCCUCGGAGCUUGCUAUGGCAUUUCAUUACUACUGCGAUGAAUUUAGCCCGUUAGUGAAGAAAAGUGCGAUAUUCUUUACUUUAAAUUUAUCAAACUGCUCCCAGCAUGAUCAAAAAUCAACACAUGAUUAUAUCGAAAAAUGUCUCGCAAAGAAAUGGAAUUCCAUAGAGGAAGAUAAGAUUGGGCCAUUAUUAACAAGAGUUGUGAACAUUGUCAUAGACGUUACAGCUACAUUU